AUGGACAAAUAUAAAAAUGAAUUACUUUACUUUGGACUUUAUGGAACAAGUCUAUCUAAUUAUAAAAAAGAAGAAAUUAAACUUUUUUGUAAUACUGAUUUUGUAGAUAUAUUUUAUAAAGCUGAUGUUAGCAAGAUUGAAAAUGAUUUUAAUGGUGACACUAUUACAAAACUGAAAGAUUAUGAUACAAUUAUAAAAGAUUAUGAUUUAUUAAAUAUACGAAUAAAGUUUAAUAUUUUUAAAGAGAGAUUAUUACGGUAUAAAUUUAAAGAAGACUAUCCUUACAGGGUCAUAGAUUUUUUACUAAAAGCUGACGGUUUUGUUAAAAGUGCGGAAAUUAGAGAACAUCUACAUUUAGACUCGAAAAAAUUAUUUUAUGUUGCAAAGAAACUUAGAUGUAAAGAAGUGUUAGAGCAAAAAAGGGGAAAUGGUGCACACUGGCUUAUAAAAAUUAAUAAAGAUAAGCUAUUUGAAAACAAAGGUCUUGAAUAUACUCAAUACGAUUCACCAUUUAUCCCAAUUAAGUUCUGUACAGAGAUUCCUAUUCUGGAUCAAAUUAAAAAGUUAAUUGGUGAAACAUAUAUUGGAAUUACUACAGAAGAUAUGCAAAAGCAAUUUGGGCUAUCUAUUCGUCAAAGUUUACAUUAUCUUAAUAAGAUUAUCGAAUUAAAUAGUAACAGGUACAAAUGGAAAGAGAUAUUUAUCGGAAGAGUAAAAAGGCGUCUUUUUUAUCUUGUUGACAAUGCUGAUGCUCCAAAUUAUGAAGAAGCAGAGACUAAAAAAUUUAUAACUAUAAAUGAUAGGAUAGAUGCACUCAAUCAGAUGUUAGAAGAAAAAAGGGGGUUUGUAAUAUCUGAAGAUACACAGAAACAGUUUCAACAUAAAAUGAACUAUAGUUAUUUUCCUUGUAAAAAGACGAUUAUGUCAACUGCUCUAAAAGCAGGUCACAAAAUUUAUGCUCUUAUGGACACCAGUGAACGCAAGACUUUAAUUAUUCAUAAAGAUGUUGAUAUUUCUUCUUACUUGAACAACAACUCUAAUGAAAAGGAAAUUGAUUUUAAUAAUAAAUUAGAAAAAAGUUUCUAUCAUAAAUUUGUACUAAAUGAGAUAUUUCUACCAACGGAUAAUUUAUUCAUCACAGAUGAUCGAGAGCGAAUAACAAUAUUUUUUGAUUUCUUAGUAAAAAAUUCUGUUAAUGGAUAUACAGUCAUUAGUAAAGAGUUAAUUUAUAAAAUGAAUUUGAAACUUCUUUUUAAUGUAAUUCCUGUAGAAAUUCCUAACAUUUUACUCAAAAUUUUAGAUUCGGAUACAUUAAACGAAUCCAAUCUUGAUUUAGAUAAAUUAAAAGACAUAUCUUAUUUUGAUUUGUGUAAUAAAAAUUUAUUUUAUAAAUUUACAAAGAAGUUAAAAAUAUCACUUUCUUAUCGAAGAAUUAUCAAAUAUUUAUUAGAAUUAGAAACCUUUGGAUUAUUUAAAAAGUAUAUUGGACUCAAUACGAACAUUGAAAGUCUAAAUAACUUAGACAGUUAUAAAUUACAGGAUCUAAAUAUUGUUGAAGAACAAGAUAAAUUACAUAUUAAGACUUUUUCUUUAAAUAGCCCGUCUGAACCUAUUUCUGAAUUCAUUGUUAACGAAGAUUUUAAUAUUUUGAUGGAAAAAAACAAUUCAUUUUUAGUUGAAUCGCUAAUCAAUAAGCCAUUUAUUAUAAAAAUCCAUUCAGAUUAUAAAUCCAUACUUUCAAAUAUUAAGCAACGUUCUAAAAAAAAUAUAUAUGUUAGUUUUAUUGAUAGAAUCAAAUGCUUUGAUUUUUUGCAAUCAUACGAUAAAUCCUCAGCGUACAAAAAUAUUAAAAAAUUUAUUGAGCAUAAAUACUUUGAAUUUCACAAGGAAGUCAUGAAAAUAAUUGAUAAUAUCAUUGGAAACGUUAAAUCAGAUAGUGAUGAAAUUACUGCUGAUGAUUUAGAUAUGUUUGAAUUUUUAUAUACUAAAAUCAAAUAUGAUUUAGUUCUAAAUGAUUACCUUGAUCCAUCAAAAUAUAUUAAAUUUUCAUGUAUUAACGCUGUGCUUCAUAAAUUAAAUAAAGAUGAAAUUAUUUAUUGCACCGAAAAAAAAUUAACAGUAGAGGGUUGUAGACUUAAAAAUAAAAUAAAAACAAAAUUAAAUAAGGGAUUUAACAUUGAAGAUACAAACUUAAAAAAAUUUAUUGAUAGAAAUACCAUUUACAAAAUGUAUUUUAUACAUUUUUAUGAAUUAUUGGUUAAGUAUGGAUCGAUGGAACUACAACAACUUUUAGAUAAAUGUAAAAUUUGUAAAGAUUUUGAAUUUUAUAAUUUUUUAAAGGCUUAUGAAGAUGUUUUUGAGAUUAAUGAAAUUGACAAUUUUAAAGUAAUAAGCGUUAAAAUAGAUAUGGAUCCAUUAGAUUUUAUAUAG